UGCGUUUCAGUGUUUACAUUUUUUUCCCCGAGAUUUGAGUUUUUCAAGAAGACAAUUUCCAGUUCCACGCAAUAUGAUAACUAAAUUACCAAUUAUCCUGGCUGCUAUGUUCGGCUGCUGCUUGGCGGCGACACAGCCAGCGCAGGACACUCGUGUGCUGCCCGAGGGAUUCGUGGACGCCGCCCAGCGCUCGACGCACACCAACAACUGGGCUGUGCUGGUGGAUGCCUCCCGUUUCUGGUUCAAUUACCGGCAUGUGGCCAAUGUCCUAUCCAUCUAUCGAUCGGUGAAACGCCUGGGCAUUCCCGACUCCCAGAUCAUUCUGAUGAUUGCCGAUGAUAUGGCCUGCAAUGCCCGUAAUCCGCGUCCCGGUCAGGUUUAUAAUAACGCCAAUCAGCAUAUUAAUGUCUAUGGCGAUGAUGUGGAGGUGGAUUAUCGUGGCUAUGAGGUUACCGUAGAGAACUUUGUGCGUUUGCUAACGGGACGCACACAAAAUGGAACGGCACGCUCUAAGAAACUGCUCUCGGAUGCCGGCAGCAAUGUUUUGAUCUAUCUAACGGGUCAUGGUGGUGAUGGUUUCUUAAAGUUCCAGGACUCGGAGGAGAUUACCAGCCAGGAGCUGGCCGAUGGCAUUCAGCAGAUGUGGGAGAAGAAGCGUUACAACGAGCUGUUCUUUAUGGUGGACACCUGCCAGGCGGCCUCCCUAUACGAGAAGUUCACCUCGCCGAAUGUCCUGGCGGUGGCCAGUAGCCUGGUGGGCGAGGAUUCGCUGUCGCACCAUGUGGAUCCCUCAAUUGGCGUCUACAUGAUCGAUCGCUAUACUUACUAUGCUCUGGAGUUCCUCGAGAAGGUUCAGCCCUUUAGCAAACGCACCAUUGGCGAGUUCCUGCAAGUCUGCCCCAAGCGAGUGUGCAUCUCCACAGUGGGCGUUCGCAAGGAUCUGUAUCGCCGCGAUCCACACAAGGUGCCCAUAACGGACUUCUUUGGGGCCAUACGACCCACGCGCGUCUCCACCGAUCGCAUAAAUGUGACCCUGGCCAAUGAGGAUGAUUUUAUUACCACGGACGAGUUGGUGGUGAUGAAACCUUUUAAGAUUGUCAUUGAGCCGCAGUUUCCUACGGAAUUUUUUAAAUAAGAAAGAGAAACACUCGUAUUCAUGUGAUAAUAUUAGAUUUUAUUCGUAAAUACAUCAUUUCAUUAUAUUAA